AAUUGAAGCCUUUGCUUUGGUGCUUGUGCUUGCGUUACCAGACAAUUGUUUCAGAAGAAGAAGAAGAACCCUCUCCAUCAUUAUUCCAUAAACAACAUGAUGCCAUUGACUCGCAAGCCGCUUUCUUCGUCUCAAUCAAACGACCCCAGGGCUGUCCGGUGGUCGGAGACGGUCACCGACGGUGAUGCUGACGACGCCGGAGACGGAGAGGACCACCGUGGCAUCGACGACUUGGAGGCGGCUGAUUCGCCGGCGCAAGGGGACGAAAAUCAGCAGCAGCUGGUCAUGAUUAGCACAAGAACUUCGCAGUCGCCCAAGAUCGAUCUGAGAUGGGCCAAGUCUAAAAUUCCCAGCUUCCGUUUUUCCUGGAGUAGAAGAAUCGACAACCGCCCACUGCGUGUUCGGCUAUACCAAGCAGCACUAAAGGGCGACUGGAAGACUGCAAAGCUGAUGGAAAUCAUGCAUCCAGGAGCCCUAACAAUGGUGAUAAGCGACAGAUGCGAAACUGCGCUCCACAUUGCCACCAGAGUGAAGAAGGCUGUUUUUGUCGAGAAGUUGGUUGAACGUCUGGACGGCCACGACUUGGCCUUGAAAAACAAAUACGGAAACACAGCGCUGUGCAUCGCUGCUGCAUCAGGCGCCGUUGAUAUCGCGAAGCUAAUGGUGCGCAAGUACAAGGCGUUGCCCCUCAUCCGUGGAUCCGGAAAUGCAACCCCUCUUCUAAUUGCUGCAAGAUACAAACACCAGCACAUGGUUUCUUAUCUGCUCUCCAAAACCCCCGUCUAUGGAUUGUCAAUCCAGGAGCAAAUGGAGCUUCUUGUUGGUGCCAUCUCCGCUGAUUAUUAUGAUAUAGCUUUGCUUAUUCUAGAGUGGAACAAGUCACUAGCACUAGAGCGGGACUUCAAUAAUGAUACACCCUUACAUAUAAUGGCUCGAAGGUCAAAUGCGAUUGGCACCAAAAAUAAGCCAACCAUCUGGCAAGCAUACAUCAAUAGCUGGUUCAAGCAUAUAUACAAAAAGAAAAUGAUGCAGAUACAAGCCCAUCAAAUGGUUGAACUGAUGUGGAGAGUUGUUCUGGAUGAGAUUCCUGAAGAUGAGAUGUUUGAUUUCAUCAAAAAUCCCUCAAGCAUGCUACAUGAUGCUGCAAGAGUUGGAAACGUUGAGUUUCUUAGAGUGUUAAUAAAUUCAUAUCCUGAUCUUGCAUGGAAAGUCGAUGGUAAGCGGAAGAGCAUAUUUCAUGUAGCGGUUGAAAAUCGACAAGAGAGUGUAUUCAGUUUGAUCUAUGAAAUGGGUGAGUUCUUGGAUUAUUUGCCAUAUUAUUUUGACGAGGAAAACAUGAGCUUGCUUGAAUUGGCCGCCAAAAGGGCAGAUCCAAGUCAUCUCAACCGGGUCUCGGGAGCAGCCUUUCAAAUGCAUCGGGAGCUUAUAUGGUUUAAGGAAGUGGAGAAGAUAGUAGAGCUUACGAUGAGAAGAAAGAAAGGGAAGCGAAGCCCGCGCGAAUUGUUCACCCUACAACACAAAAACCUAGUGGAAGAUGGAGAAAAAUGGAUGAAGAAAACAGCAAAUUCAUGUAUGUUGGUUGCAACUCUGAUCGCCACCGUAGUUUUUGCUGCGGUCUUCACUGUACCAGGCGGUAACAACAAUAACAACAUCGGCAACAACAACGACAACAACACAGGCGCUCCCAUAUUUCUUCACCACAAAUGGUUCACCGUAUUUGUGAUAUCAGAUGCAACAGCUUUGAUCUCGUCUUCAACUUCAAUUCUAUUGUUUCUCUCGAUCCUCACAUCGCGCUGUGCAGAAGAAGAUUUCCUCAUCUGGCUGCCACUAAAGUUGGUGUUCGGGCUUGGAACACUCUUCUUCUCUGUACUGAGUAUGGUUUUGGCUUUCAGCGCCACGUUCUUCCUGUUCUAUGGGAAAGAUACGGCUUGGGUUCCAUUGCUUGUUGCUGGGAUGGCUAUUGUUCCAGUUUACUGUUUUGGUGUGCUGCAGUUUAGGCUUUGGGCUGAUGCAUUGGCAGCUUUACAGGCCACUUACUUAUUGUUUUUCAGGAAUAGGAAGCCCAUACUAUUCUGAUUUCUCAAUGAUUGGUCCUUUGGAUAAAUAAUACGAAAUGGAGAUGCAUUGUGUAUUAAUUAAGA